UGACCCCGACUGGGGAAGUGCGUUUACAAUGCUUGGGAUGCAAAUUUGCGCAUAACUUGGGAUGUUUUCUUUGAAAAAUGGAGAUUUUAACGUUUCAUUCGCUCGUGACAUAGAGAUAUGGUUGGAUUGUGUAAGGACAAAGUAGUAACAAUGUAUUUGAGUGGUAUUGCACCCGUCAAUUUACAAGAUAGUCUAAUGAGACAAGCCACUACCAGAGGCCGCUGAGGAUUGUUGAGUGCACAAUCAAAGAUGGCAGCUGAAACUGGGAUACCCUCUGUUUAUUUGGAGCACCAAUUAUCGCACGUGGGCCGAGGAGCAAAGAAAACUAAAAGGUCUUUGAUUGACCGCCUUCGCCACUGCAAGAGUUCACACAGUCGCUCGUGGAAUGACAGCAUAAAAACUGUCCGCAGCUGCGUUGGGGAGCGGCGUUCACAAACAGACGCAAGUGAUUCUACUCAGGUUCAGCAUUGUUUGGACACAUUGCAAAAAGCUAUGAAGGUCAUAUCACCACAGACUUUGAAGGAAAGACUGGACCUCAUAGGGCGACAGUUGGGCUUAAGUGUCCAAAUUCAAGAGCAGAAGAUUUCUUUGGGCAUGGAUGCUUUUCAUGUCGAGGUCUUAUUAGGAGAAGAUGGAGUCAUCAACAGUGUGAAACUUGCCAAUCAGGGUGAUGUCAUGGAUUGUCCUGACUUAAAAGAUAUUUUGAAACGCGGCAAUUUCUCGGAGUUUGUUGAGCAUUUACAAGGCCUUCAAAGUAUUUAUCAAGUUACUUCUGAUGAAAAACUCAAAUCAAAAGCAUUUCUGGCUCUUCAAGCUCUUGAGAAAGAUCUCAAUCAACUUGCUCAGUUUCAAAAUUCUAUCAGUGGAGUUGCCAACUACAUUCAUAAGUGUCCCUUGGGAAUCAUGCUGCCUCGACUUGCUGGGAAACCUAUGAAGCUGAUUUAUUUUGUAUCACCUUAUGACUUGCUGGACAAGAAAUCACUCACUGCCCAUCCUUUGACUGUUGAAGCCAUUACUGAGAACUUUCUGGGGCAAAGUGUGACUGUAUGUAUUGAGCCAGUGCCUGAGUCAGCCCCUUUGAAUAAACUCCAAACAAUGCCAUUGAUGAAUGUCAGCAUCACUCAGGAUGGGAAAAGCCUUCCAUCUUUUUCUGGUGUCAGCCAGAUCAACAGCAUGAUGCUGCCUGCCAGUUUUGUACUUGUGCUACCUCAAAGCAUACCUGUGUCCUCUCAAAUUCUGCAGAAAAUCACAAGUCUUACAAAUCUAGAAAUCCACAAAGAGGCAGAAAGCAAAAAUUUGCAUUCAUUGAUCUUGGAAAAUUUUUCAAACCGGCCUGUCAAAGACUGUCACAAAUUACUUGUGUCACUACCAGAUCAGCAGCAUAUUUAUUUCCUGAAUGGAGGUGGACAGGAUCAACAGGGAGUGAUGAUCUCCCGGAUCCCUUUCACCCACCCAACUCAUGUGCCCAAGAUUCUCAGUCUCAUGAGGCAACAGCUGCUGUUCAAUAUCGUUAUUGCCAGCUGCAUUAGGACAGGGGCAAAGAAAGACACAGUGAACAGUAUUGUGUUUGAGGUUUCUGCUGUGUCUCUGCAACAACUGACCAUCGUGUUUGAGCACCCAGCAUAUGACACUAUGAUUACAGUUGAUAUUGAUCUAACGGACAUCACAAACCUGAAGUGUCGAGUGACCUGUACCAAUACAGAUCAUGUCCUGUGUUCGGAUGAGGCAGUCUCAAGAGUGUUCCAAAGGUAAAGUUAUUUCUGUUGUUUGUUAAAGGAAAUUUGGAUAUAUUGAGGUCUGACCUGCGAAGUACUCCCAAUAAAAUGGCAGCCUGUUUAACCCUAACUCUGGCAAGGGCCGGCCCAUUUCCUGCUGUGAAGCUGGCAGGGCCAAUCUCAUAGGACCAUAUAGUGCUGCCUCUGCCUUCCAACUAUAUAUUUGGGGCUGCCUGAAGUGAUUUCUGAUAGGCUAAAGGGCUAACCUCCUACCAAUCAGAAUAU